AAAUUUUAAAAAUGAAGUACCGACAUCACAAUGGAUGCUGAAGGGAGGAACUAUUAUUAUGGUUGUAGAAACCAGCGAACACGUUCCUCUCUGGUGUUCUCCAAAAUUUGUAAGGUAAAGAGAAAAUGCCUAAAAGGAGUAGACAAAUCAUGCUACCAACGUCGAGAAUUUACAUGGAACGCGAGAGAUUACGUCAAUUGGAGAUAUCAGCACCAAUGCCGAACUCAACAAUUCCGGCAUUGCGAGUAUGUCAAAUGACAGGAGAGCGAGACACAAAUAAUGACAAACGCGCCGUCAUGCCAAUGCCGAUGCCAAGUGAGAAUAAAAAAGUUUUGAAUGCAACAAAAGUGCAAAAUGCUGCCCAAACAGAAGACAUUUUGGCUUCCAACACCUUUCGCGACCGUGUGCUACCCGAACUUACAGUAAAGUUACAACAACAUAUGUCAAAUAGUGGCAAUGAUUGUGCUCUUGUUAAACAUUCCACAACUGGCAGUAACGUAGAAAUGCUUUUCUCCAAUAUAAACGAAAUACCACCUGCGGCUGAAACUUGGCAACGUAGCGAUUGCUUCAAUGACAACGGAGAGCUGCGUUGUACGAAUGUAAGCGUAGAGAAAAUUUAAAGAACGAAACUCGUUGCAGCAUUAGAUGAGAUCCAGUUGAAGUAAUGGUGAGAGAGAAGAGGAACAAAAGCAAUUUUCAACAAAAUUUGCGGAAAAGAGAGAAGUGGCAGGAAAGUCGGUUGAAAUAUAGAAUUUCAUAAUUAUUAUUGCAUUCUUCGAGCAUCAGCAUCUCUGCUACGAGUAUCAUACUUACAUAUACUAGUGUGUGGUUGAAUAUACAAUUGUAUAGGUUUUUUUUUUUAAUAUUACGACCAUUGGCCACAUCAGUUCCAAAUAUAUGUACGUAUUUUCAUGCCAGCAACUCGUA